UGCCCGGCGGAGGAUGGCUGGUGCCCGCCCUAGGGCAGAGCCCCAAUCCUGAGGCCCUGCCAUGGUGAUGAUCCUGAGGAAGAGCAUCGACACGCAGGGCGCCCACUCCGCGGCCGGCAGGCCCUUCGACUCGGAGCUGCGCCCGCCGAAGAAGAUGAGUCACGGACCGACCCUUUUCUCUUGUGGAGUGAUGGAAAAUGACAGAUGGCGAGACCUGGACAGGAAGUGCCCCCUUCAGAUCGACCCGCCGAGCGCCAGCCUCUGGGAGCGCCUGCCCGAGCGGUGCCCGGACGGCGCCCUGUGGCACCCGGAGGCGGCGACCGCCUGCACCGUGACCAGCCUCAUCCAAGACCUCAGCCUCAGCGACCACAACGGGAACCCCUCCGCGCCCCCCAGCAAGCGCCAGUGCCGGUCACUGUCCUUCUCGGAUGAGCUGUCCAGCUGCCGGACCUCUUGGCGGCCCCUGGGGUCCAGGGUCUGGACCCCCGUGGAGAAGAGGCGUUGCUACAGCGGGGGCAGCGUGCCCCGCCUCGCCGGCGGCCCGGGCACCAUGCAGCGCAGCUCCAGCUUCAGCCUCCCGUCCCGGCCCGACGCGCUCGCCUCGCCCUGCGACCCCGCGGGCUUUCCCCGCCACCUCGGGGGCCAGGCCGGCCCGGGGGCGCCCGGCGCGGCCACCUGCGGACAGGCUGACCUCUGGAGCCCAGACCUGAGCCCCGCGGGGGGCGCCCGGCUGGACGUGCAGCGGUCGCUCUCGUGCUCCCAGGAGCAGUUUUCCUUCGCCGAGUUCGGCGCGCCCUCCGCCAGCAGCACGCCCGCCUCCACGCCCGAGCUGGCGCGGCGCCCCAGUGGGCUGUCCCGCAGCCGCUCCCAGCCCUGCGUCCUCAACGACAAGAAGGUGGGCGUCAAGCGGCGGCGCCCCGAGGAUGGGCCCGAGCAGCGGCCUUCCCUGGACCUGGCCAAGAUGGCACAGAACUGCCAGACCUUCAACAGCCUGAGCUGCCUGAGCUCCGGGAUGGAGGACCGCGGCCCCCGCAGCCCCUUCGCCCUCCACGUCGGCAGCACCAGGUCCUGGGCCGCCCUGUUCUCCGCCGCCGCCUCCGGGCCCGGGGGCAGGACCCCGGCCGGGACCCCGGUGCCCGAGCCUCUCGCCCCCUCCUUCGAUGACCUGGCCUGCAAGGAGGAGCUGUGCUGGGAGGAGGCGGAGGGCCGUGCCCCGGACGGGGGCUGUGGCCGGCGGGGGGAGCCUGCCCCUGCCUGGCGGGACCGGGUGGCCGAGAGCAGCCCCUGCUCCCUGGACGGCGAGUUGGAUAUUGAACAAAUAGAGAAUAACUGAGGCCUGGCCCCGGGCAGGUGGCGCACCAGGAUCCACGCCUCCCUCUGGGCACGGGCAGGCGCUUGAAGCGGGAGCCCCACUCCAGGGCCUGAGAAAGCGUCCGGAAGGAGUCGGGUCCCCGGGAGCGCGCCCCCUCCUCCCACAGAGGCGCUCCUGCUCGCAGAGCUCCCGGCCCAGGGCGCCCACCUGGCCACGCCGCGCAGCGGAACGGAGCCCGGCCCUGCCCAGCGCGGCCACGGGCCACAGAACUGCUGUGGGUUUGGGUCUCCCCGCCUUUUCCUCGUGGGACGUGGGCCCCACGCAUCCCAGGCACCUGCCGCGCACUCAUCCCCGCUCUGUCUGCUGCCCUGGCCGGGGUUCGACCCUCCGGGGCUUGUUGGGGCCUCAGGCCCAUCCGGGGGUGUCGGGUCCUUCUAGGCCUCCUGCUCAGGUUCCGUGGGGGGUCGCCCCCAGCUUCUUUAGCUCAGUCUUACUCUGUGCCUUGCCUCCGGGCCCCGCCUCAGGCUGGAAGGUUCCGGAGGCGCUUCCUUCUGCAGCAGCACCAGACCCGAGUGGCCUUAAUUCCGAGUGAGCGACAGAGGCCCGGGGCCGGGGGGCCUCCGCAUCUGAACUCUCGGGGCCAGGGAACAGCUUGGGGUGCUUGUCAGAGGCCAUCUAUGUGGGGCAGACGUGGGGUGGGGAGACAGACCCGCUUACCUCCCCCGUGUGUGGCCAGCCCGGCCCCGUGGCUCCCGGCCACUCCGGGGGCCACUCUGCAGGGUUGGCAGGGGGCAGCCGUUCCCCGUGCCACCCCGUCACUGAGGGAUGGGCUUAGUUGAUUCCGGGAGCGGAGAGAUGGCACCAUGGAAGGGCAACCUCUUGAAAACGUCCUCAGGAGGCAGGAGGGUGAGCAGGUGCGGGUGCCGCUGGCCGCUCCGGGGCCUGGUCGAGGGCCUGCACAGUCCCCUGUGGAAUUCCAGGUGUGUGCUCGGUGGUGGUGGGCAUUCCCUGGGGGCUUUAAUCAGGGCACCCCGUGCUCAGCAGUAGGAGUGGAGUGUGUUCAUUGCCGCCUCCUUGCCCAGCCCCACCGUAGGCACAGAGCUCAAGGCGCACACACAACCUCCCCCCAGCCCCCCCGCGCUCCACCCGCCCUGCUCCAUCGGCCCUGCUCCUCGCACCCUGGCAGCCCUGGUGGCAGCGGUGAGGAGCCUGCCCCUGAGUUUUCACUCCGCCGCCCCGGCUCGGCCCAGCAGCAGACCACGGCGUGGCUGUUGGAAUUGGGCCUUGGUGACCUCGGCACCUUCCGCACACAAUAGCCAUUGGGGGGGCUUAUGAGCCUGUGGCUCCUCCCAGACGGCUAGUAACAGCCGGUGUGCCCUGCAGUCCUGACAGGGUCAGGCCCGUUUGGUCACUGUUCGCUCUCUGCCAGCAGCCCUGCCUCCCUCCUGCCGUUCACACCAAAGGCUCGCACCUUCCCGAGGACAGGUCCCACGGAAGCUCUCCUUAAACCUGCACUUUUUACAUCAAAAGGGGUGGCUUUUUCUACAAAUCAGCAGAGGCCGCUUGCAGAAAACCCAGCCGUGGCCGUGGGAUGGUGUUGAGACCCCGUUGAUGGGCGUGCGGGGCCCUGGGCGCCAACCAGCCUCGCCCGAGUGGCUCCCACCCAAGACACGUCCCCUCGGGGCCAUCGAGCACAUCGCGCCCGUCCCCACUGGGCGGCUUGUGGAGGGCACGUGUUCUUAGCGGUGGCAGAGGAGCUGCAUUCAGAGGCCGCGUGCUCCCUGUGCUCAGCAGCCCGGGUGGGAGGCACUGGGAUUCGGUUGCCGCCAAGAAGAGAGGCCACAGGGGGCCACAGCCUCUAAGGCAGGCCCUCCUGGGAAGGAGCAGGGCCCGCCUCCCGGUCCACACCGCAGGCGCCCACAGCGAGGGGGGCUGAGCCAGGACGGCCUGGGCAGCGGCCCCACAUGCCUUUCCUCGGGCGAAGGAGGGAGCCACGUGGGGGGGGGGGGUGGCCCAGGGCUGCGGUGCAGGUGACCUCAGACCCAUCCUCCCCUCCUGCCCCUGCGGGUCCCGUCCACCAGCCCCCCACCCCCACCCCGCCCAGGGCACUGUCAGGAAGGGGGACCCCAGCCCCGCAGGGCUUGGCCCUCCCCAGUCUCCAAGCCCCUCUGGGCUGGGCUGCCCCGAAGCUCUUUGGCCACGCCCACAGCCCACACUGCAGCAGUGAGGGGAGGGACAGCCUGGGGCUGGUUGUAUGGUUGUCUUUUGGUUGGAGAGGGCAGCCUUCUUCUAGAAGGUUCUGCCACGCUGCCCUGCCCGGAGAGGCCCAUCUGCUCCACCCCCCAGCCCCUCUGGUUUUGGAGGGAGGCACCCUGGCCCCGAUGGUGAACCCCGCCCGCCCCAGGGCGUGGGGUGCUGCCAGCCUCACCGUUUACGUGCCACAACCGCUUGCCUUACUCCCGGUGGCCAAGCCGGGCCCACGGCCUCCCGGCCACAGGGCGUGUCCUGACAAAACGCAGAUCCCCCUUCUCAGAAAGCCUUACUUUUCAACGAGAUGUUUGUAGCAGGAGAGUUUGGUGAGUUUGUUUGCCGGAAGAAAAUGUCAAUAAAGGAGAAGCCACGUGAUCAAACCAAACCUAACGUCUGAAUGGGUGUCCCUGUGCAGAGAGAGUGGUUUCCCUCCCGCCGGUGCUGCCCAGGGCCUUCGGGCACUGCCUGUCGCAGCAGCCUCCCCGGCAUCGACCCCGCAGCCCCCUCCCGGGCGGCCCUGCCACACAGAUCGGGCGCAGCGGCCCGUGCCCUGCGCCUCCGCCUCCGCUCAGGCUGACGGCGUGCCCUCUGGCCUUGGGGCGGUCACCUCGGGGAUGGCCGCUCGGGCUGUGUGCCCAGGCGUGAGCAGUCCCUGCAGACACCGGCUGUGGCGGCCCUGCCUGGCCCGUGGGUGCGGCCCAUGGGCUGCCUCUUGCCAGUCACACAGUUGCUCAAACCCCUCCCACUGGCGCCAGCGCAGAAUACCAGGCCUCUUUAAAGAACAAGACGAAAGAAGUCCCAGGCCACAGCGGAGACUGGGAGCCUGACCUAGCACAGUCUCUCUGGCAAAUGGUGGUGUCGGUGUGUGGGGGUGUCCUGGGGGCUCGGGGACAGUGAGCCUGUUUCUGGGGUGGCGGCCCCGCCGGGUGGGGUCUGGCCACCUCCGCCCCCACGGCUGUCCCCCCCUCCCCACGGGCCACGCUGGCUUGCACUAGAGCCCUCUAGUCUCAGGAAUUCGCUUGUUACUUUUACUGUGUAAAUAAAGCUUCCUGGUUUAAUGUCUAA